AUGACGGUGCUAGUGGCAAUGGCAGCUGUAUAUCGCCCUGAUGGACGUGGCUGGAGUGAAGAUAUCAACUGGGUUCCAGUACCGUACACCACCAUACCAUUGCGUUAUGACUUCGUCAUGGGCUUUAACUGCCCAAGCUUCCAGGAGCAUUAUGAUAAACAAGCAACUAAAACUUAUGUACCUGAAAUUGCCAAAUAUAGUCACGUGCUAGAUCAACUUUCCUCGGCGCUGAAACAUGAUAUCAUAAAACGUAAUCCAGUGAAAAUAUUCUCCGCAUAUGACUUGCUCGUUAGUCAGGUUAAUAUUGGCCUUCUUCCAACACCAUCAAUACAGAAAAUGAUGCCGGAUAUAAAGGAGGCGGCUGACAAAGCGUUUGAUUUAUUAUUUGGUAACGAUACCAUGCUGCCAUUACAAGCUGGUUUACUCUUACGGGAAUUCUUUGAAGUAUCCGCAUCAGCAGCUGCUGGAGAGCCCAUUCAUAAAGUGAGAAUCUACUCCGCACACGACAACAACGUUUAUGCGUUCGCGGCGAUAUCCAAGGCAAUACCAAGACAGGGCAUACCACCAUAUGCUGCGCUAUUUGCGCUGGAAUUAAGGAGAGUGGUGGAAACAGGAAGAUAUGUCGUUAUGCCAAUUUAUGUGAAAUCUCCUGGUGAACAAGUGCAGUACCUAGAGAUUCAAGGAUGUGGUGGACCGCUCUGCGACCUUAAGAAUUUCUAUGCCAUCACUUCUCCCUAUCUGCUUGGUGUUGACGAGUGGAAGGAAAGGUGUAACUAUGACGAGAACGCUACAUUCGACAGUCAAAUAUACGAUUGA